AUGUUUUCUGAUAAUUAAAUCAGUCUAUUUAAAAGGAGCUCUAAAUUUUAACCUAAAUUAGCUUCGAUUGAUACUUCUAAAACACUUAUUGAUACAACCAAAUUGAUUAAAUACUCUAAUCCUGUUCAUAAGACUCUUUUUGAAUAUCAGCAAUACAAAAAGAAUUAUAAUUAGAUGAAAAAAUCAAAAAUAAAUAAAAUACUAUCAAAAUCAGUAGAAAAAUCAACCAGAUAAAUGUUUAAUAACAAUAGUAUGAUGUCGUCAUCUGUAGAUUACAAAAUGAAAUCCAGUGGGCGCAAUUUAAAAUACAAUUAGAGUUCUUUAAGUGUCAUAUCUGAAAGCAGUAUCACAAGAAAAGGAGUUCUCUAUGAUGGAAAUAAUACUCAAGUUUAUCGAAUUAUGAUUGAAGGACAUUUUAAUUAUUAUGCCCUUAAAAUAAGCAAAGUUAAUUAGAGUAAAUGCACAAAAGAGAUCUAUUAUCUGAAGUAAUUAAGACAUCCAAACAUCAUUGAACUGAAGCAUCACUAUAUAAUUCAUGAUUAAUCUAAUGUAUGAUCUCUAAAAUAAUAUAGGAUAAUAGACCGAUGUUGUAUGAGAUUAUGCCUUUGAUGAGUUGCAAUUUACGAUCCUUUUUAUAGCAUUUCUAUAAACAUUAGAAUGUUUAAGAAAAUACUGAAACUACAGAUGCUAAAUUGAUUAAUCAAAUUAAGUAGGAAAAGAAAGCAAAAUAAAUCUUAUUUAAGUUAUUUAUCUAUUAAAUCGUCAGAGCAAUAUCUUAUUUACAUCAUAAAAACAUUACUCAUAGAGAUCUCAACCCUAGAAAUAUAUUGAUUGAUGUUGAUACACUAAGUGUCUAACUCUGUGAUUUUAACAGUGCCAAACAAUUAUUCUCUUCCAUAGCUUCUCCAAAUUAUUUUGGUGAACGCCAUUACAGAGCUCCUGAAUUAUUGUUAGGGUCUAAAUUAUACAAUUAAUAAGUUGACAUUUGGAGUUUGGGGUGUAUCAUAGCAGAAUGCUUUUUAGGCAAAUAACUUUUCACUGGAUCUAACACUGUAGAAACUAUGGCAGAUAUUAUAAGAUUACUUGGAACACCUACUCUUGAAGAGAUGAAAAAUCUAAAGUCUUAAAUAUUGGAUCUCAAAAUGCCUGAGAUUCCUAAGUUUUCAAUGGCUAAACGGUUUAAAGAAAUUGAAAAUGAUUAAUUGGUAGAUUUAUUAGAAAAAAUCUUCGUUUAUGAUCCUAAUUAAAGAAUAUCUGCAUUUGAAAUUCUAUUGCAUCCUUUCUUUCAAGAAUUAAAAUAACCAAACAUCAAAAUUAAUUCAAAGUCUUUACCUAAUUUAUUUAAUUUUACAAAAGGUAUUGUUUCUAUUUACAACCAUUUGGUAAGUAAUAAUAAUAAUAAUAAGAAUUAUUAUCGAACUGUAUUUAAAUUAUAGAGGAGUUAUCAUCAAAUGAAUAUGUAAUAAACAAAAAUAGACUAAUUCCAAUAUGGUUUACAGAGAAAUAAAAAAGAUUUGAAUAUCUGACAACAAGUAUGGAUGAUGCUAAAUUGCUAUUAAAUAAAUGA